ACAGGUACUUGGCGAUCAUUCAUCCUUUAGAGCCCAGAAUGUCGAGAAAAUUAUCAUUAGUGAUUAUUUCCUUAAUAUGGACAGCAAGCAUGAUACUGGCUCUACCCUGCCUCUUCUAUUCUACCACAAUCACCGGCAAAUACAAUGGAGUUACAUGGACUGGUUGUAUACUUGUCUGGCCUGACAAUAAACUAGUUGGUUCACCUUAUGAUCUAUGGUAA